GGUCCCAAAUCGUGGCUACUGGCUCACCUUCUCCUUAUAUAUAUGCACAUUGCCAAACUCACACCACACACUUGCUCUUUGUUACUCUUGAAUUCUUUACUGAUUCUUGGCUCUCUUGAGGAGAGAAGAGGACUCCAUUGUUACUGGAAUUUGGAUCAGUUUGAUUUUUUUUGAUAGUAAAUGGCUGGAACUGGAGUUUUUGCAGAGAUCUUGGAUGGAGAUAAUGUGUACAAGUAUUAUGCUGAUGGAGAAUGGAAGAAAUGUUCUUCUGGGAAGAGUGUUUCCAUUGUUAAUCCUACUACAAGAAAGACUCAGUAUAAGGUUCAGGCUUGCAGCCAAGAAGAGGUUAACAAGGUGAUGGAAUUAGCAAAAAGUGCACAAAAAGCAUGGGCAAGAACUCCUCUUUGGAAAAGGGCAGAGCUACUUCACAAAGCAGCUGCUGUAUUGAAAGAGCACAAGGCACCAAUUGCUGAGUGCUUAGUUAAAGAAAUUGCAAAACCAGCUAAAGAUGCAGUCACUGAAGUUGUGAGAUCUGGGGAUCUUGUUUCCUACACUGCAGAAGAGGGGGUAAGGAUUCUUGGAGAGGGGAAGUUUUUGGUCUCUGAUAGUUUUCCUGGAAAUGAGAGGACAAAGUACUGCCUUACUUCCAAGAUCCCACUUGGAGUAAUUUUAGCUAUUCCACCCUUUAACUAUCCUGUCAAUCUUGCUGUCUCAAAGAUUGCUCCUGCAUUAAUUGCUGGAAACUCCCUUGUCCUUAAACCUCCAACUCAGGGUGCUGUCUCUUGCUUGCAUAUGGUACAUUGCUUUCACUUGGCCGGUUUUCCUAAAGGCCUAAUCAGUUGUGUAACUGGUAAAGGCUCUGAGAUUGGUGAUUUCCUUACUAUGCAUCCUGGAGUCAAUUGUAUAAGCUUUACCGGCGGAGACACUGGCAUUGCUAUUUCGAAAAAGGCAGGUAUGAUCCCUCUUCAAAUGGAGUUGGGAGGAAAAGAUGCCUGCAUUGUGCUUGAGGAUGCUGACCUUGAUUUAGUAGCUGCAAAUAUUAUUAAAGGAGGCUUUUCUUAUAGUGGUCAAAGAUGCACAGCAAUUAAGGUUGUCUUGGUGAUGGAAUCUGUGGCUGAUGCUUUGGUGGAGAAGGUGAAAGCCAGAGUUGCUAAAUUACGAGUUGGGCCACCGGAGGAUGAUUGUGAUAUUACUCCAGUAGUUACAGAAUCCUCUGCUAAUUUCAUUGAAGGACUAGUUUUGGAUGCCAAAGAGAAAGGAGCAACAUUUUGUCAAGAGUAUAAGAGAGAGGGUAACCUCAUUUGGCCUCUGUUGUUAGAUAAUGUAAGGCCUGAUAUGAGGAUUGCAUGGGAAGAGCCAUUUGGACCAGUUUUGCCAGUUAUAAGAAUUAAUUCUGUUGAAGAAGGAAUUCACCAUUGCAAUGCUAGCAAUUUUGGGCUUCAGGGUUGUGUAUUUACAAAAGACAUCAACAAAGCUGUGCUAAUUAGUGAUGCAAUGGAGACCGGCACAGUUCAAAUCAACUCGGCACCAGCUCGCGGGCCUGAUCAUUUUCCUUUCCAGGGUUUGAAGGAUAGUGGAAUUGGAUCACAAGGCAUCACCAACAGCAUUAACAUGAUGACCAAGGUCAAGACCACUGUUAUCAACUUACCAACCCCUUCUUACACUAUGGGUUAGUAUCAUCUAUCAGACAUAGAGAACCAAUGAUCACCACUAUUUCAGUUGGGUAUUAAUUACUUAGUAAAUUUGCAGACAAUUUUGUGUUCGGACUUGUAUUAUGGAAUAUCUUCUUCAUCAAUCAUUAUUAAGAGUACAUUUUCUAAUUAAGUUCAUAAAACUUACUCCUUAAAUGUGUUGUAUAUAUAAGUUGUAUUAUGACUAGUAGAACAAUCUAAGUGUUGUAAUUCAAUAUGAAGCAUAUUGUUAUACAAUAUUCCCUUGGAAGCGAUGAUCUUUGUGCUCC